GCCGAUUUGUUGCAAACAAACGCCAGACAUUCAUGGACGGUGCUCGCAUUUCUUCUACUGAGAAUUAUUUCAAUUCGAAGUUCUCUGUGGGUUCGAGUUCGAGCGAGGUUUUGGACGGAAGCUCGUCGGGUAUGGAGACGUACACCGUCGUCAUGAUGCGUCACGGGAGCAGUGAGUUGAACGACCAGAACGUAUUCGCGAGCUGGUUCGACACGAAGCUAAGCCAGGAUGGUAAAAAGGACGCGAGGCGCGCCGGCAGGCUGCUGAAGGAGGCGGGCCUGCAGUUCGACGUGGCCUUCACGUCGGUGCUGUCUCGCGCCCGCGACUCGCUGGCCGCCGUGCUGGAGGAGCUGGGCCAGCCGCGCCUGCCGGUGCUCGCCUCCUGGCGGCUCAACGAGCGCCACUACGGCGCGCUCAUCGGCCGCAACCGCGACGACGCGGCCGCCGAGUUCGGCGAGGAGCAGGUGCAGGUCUGGCGGCGCAGCUACACGGCUACCCCGCCGCCGAUGACUCCCGACCACCCCUUCCACGACGCCGUCGUCUGCAACCCCAUCUACGCGGCGGGGCCGAGCCCGGGGGAGUUCCCCUCGGCCGAGUCCCUGGAGGCGACCGUGGCGCGCACCCUGCCGUACUGGAAGGACACCAUCCUGCCGCGGGUCCUGGCGGGCCAGCGCGUGCUCGUGUGCGCGCACGGCAACAGCCUGCGCGGCCUGGCCAAGCACCUGGGGGGCCUCACCGACGAGCAGGUCGUCUCGCUGGACGUCCCCACGGCGGAGCCCUUCGCGUACGAGCUGGACGCCGGGGGAAGGGCCGUCGGGCCCUUGAGGUUCCUCGCCGAAGAGGAGAAGGUGAUGGCGGCGCGGUCCGCCAUCAGCGACUUGAUCAAGGCGGCGGUCCCCGAGUGACCCCCUAACUGGAGCGCUCCUGUCGGACACUGGUCUUCUGCUUUCAGUCACGUGUACAGUCCUGCAAUAAACGAGAACAAUAAAACCUCACAACGCUCU